AUGAAAGGAGAGAGGAGAGGAAUUUGUAGGGAAAGUGGGGAGGAAUUGAAGCAAUUUCCUUGGCGCAAAGAUGAAGACCAAUCGAAGGAUUUGAAAGAGGAGGGUAGUGAGUCGUUGUUUUGUUGUCUUUGGUGUGUGGAAAUGCAUCAUAGAGUCUUCGACUUCGUGUCUAGAAGGGUUUUAGUCAACCCUGACCAAAUCCCACGUACACUUUCACUUUUCUUUUCUUAUUUGUUGGGUUUGAAUUUUGGUGUUGUGUUGUGUGUUAUGAUUGUGGCCGUGAUCUGUGUGGUGAUGAACCCGACAACCUCGUUUACACGUCGGAUUACGCGCCACGAUUUGUGGGUCCCGCUUUGUUGA